AUGGCCCUCAACAAGCAGGAGACGCUGCAGUUGAGGUCUGCGCUGCAGGAUGCCGUCGUCAAGUGCUCUGAGCGCUGUCUCUAUCAGUCGGCUAAAUGGGCUGCCGAGCUCUUGACGUCCAUCCCUGAAUCGGCCGUCGACAACACUAACAUCAACCUUCCUCCGUCGGCGACUCCACCACCACUGCUCGUCACACAAAAUGUCGACCCCGCCGAAGCGCGACUCGAGGCCGCCGAGAUUAACAAAUACCUGCUGGCCAAGUCGUUCUUCGACUGCCGCGAGUACGACCGGUGUGCCGCUGUGUUCUUGCCUGACUCGCUGAUGGCGGGUGUGCUAUCGUCAUACCGCCAGAACCACCCGGACCUCUUUGGGGACAGCCAGGCACCUGCUUCUACGGCGGCAGGUGGCCGGGGAAGCGGAAAGCUGAACCAGUCCGGGAGCUUCACAGACAAAGGUGGCGGCGGCGGUCGCGGCGGCCAAUCGCACGACGCCGACGCACCAAUGUGGGCUCCGUUUGAAGACGCAGUGCCCGUGGACGUAGGUAGCCUGCCGGAGCUCAGCCAAAAGAGCCUGUUCCUUGCGCUGUACGCCAAGAUGAUUGCAGGCGAAAAGAAAAAGGAUGAGGACGUGGAGAUGGUCAUGGGUCCGCAGGACACAGGCGACGUGGUCAACCGCCAGCUGCAGGUGAUUAGUGCGUACCUGCAGACGUGGUUCGACCAGAACAUGGUGGGGAUGGACGAGGACGAGGAGCGAGUCGUCAGCCAGGGCUGGCUCGAGUACCUGUACGGCAUGGUGUUGGCCAAGGAGAAGAACGAGAAGGAGGCCAUGGAGUGGUUCAUCCGCAGCGUGCACCGUUUUCCGAUGAACUGGGGCUGCUGGCAGGAGAUGACGAUGCUCCUGUCACGCGUGGACGAGCUCAACAAGAUUGCACCGCGACUACCACAAAACAUUGUGUCGUUCAUUUUCCACCUGCACGCCUCGCUCGAGCUAUACCAGCAGGGCCACAACCUGGCGACAUCGGUCGAACAGCUGCUGUCCAUCUUCCCCAACUCGUCGUUUUUGCUCACAUGCAAUGCGCUGCUUGCCUACCACAGCAAAGACCUGAUCGCUGCCGAGCAGCACUUUAGCACACUCCUGGCACAGCAUCCGCACCGACUCGACUCGCUGGACCACUACUCCAACAUAUUGUAUGUUCUCAACAUGCGGCCCAAGCUAGCCUUUUUGGCGCACCUUUGCCAGAGUCUGGAUAAGUUUCGGGCGGAAACGUGCGUGGUGAUUGGCAACUACUACUCGCUCAUGUCGGCACACGAGAAGGCUGUGCAGUACUUCCGGCGGGCGCUUGUGCUCGACCGGUCGUGCCUGUCGGCAUGGACGCUUAUGGGCCACGAGUACGUUGAGCUCAAGAACACGCACGCGGCCAUUGAGUCGUACCGGCGGGCGGUGGACGUCAACAGGCGCGAUUACCGUGCGUGGUACGGCCUGGGACAGACGUACGAGGUGCUCGAGCAGCAUACGUACGCGCUGUUCUACUACAAAAAGGCCGCGGGCCUGCGGCCGUGGGAUGGCAAGAUGUGGAUGGCGGUUGGCUCGUGUCUGCAAAAGAUUGGCCGGCCGCGCGACGGCAUCAAGGCGCUCAAACGCGCUCUCCUGGCCGAUGCCAACUACGAAUCCGCGGGCGGCCCUGGCGGCAAUGGUGGACGAGGUGCGGCGCCUGGCUACAUGGACCCGGAAAUCUUGCUGCAAAUCGCCUUUAUGUACGAUCACCUCGACGACCACGAAGAGGCCAAGUCGUACAUGGAGCUCUGCAUGGCGCAAGAGGAGGGCGAGCAGGAUUUUGCGGGUGGCGGCGGCGGCGGUAACACGAACCUGAGCGACUCGGUGGCUCUGCACCGGGAGUCCAUGGGUGGGUCCGGCGCGGCACCCGAUGACGACGACUACGACGACAACGGCGGCGGCGGGGGAAGCGGUGGUGGAGGCAACGGUAACGAGGGCACAGGCGUCACACCAGCUACAAGCAAGGCACGUCUGUGGCUCGCGCGGGCGGCCCUGCAAUCUGAAGAGUACGAGACGGCGAUUAUGCUGGCGUCGGAGCUGUGCCUGGACGGCGUCGAAGUGGAAGAGGCCAAGACGCUGGUACGGGAUGCCAAGGCAGAAUUAGAGAGGCAGCGGCGGGAGGGAGGACAGGGAGAUACAACGGCCGGUGACGUUGGCAUUCAUGCAUAUGCAGGCAGCUAG